GACCAGAGCGGUCGCCCUCCUCCGCGAUGGCCGCGCCGGUGACGCGGCAGGUCAGCGGCUGCGCAGGCCGGGUCCCGAGCCCGACUGGCUCGGACACAGAGCGCGGGCAGCCGCUAGCGGCCGCCGUAGCGGAGCUGCCGGUGCUGGACGCGUCUGGGAGACGGGUGACGUUCGGAGCGCUGUUCCGAGAGAGGCGAGCGGUGGUGGUGUUCGUAAGGCAUUUCUUGUGUUACGUCUGUAAAGAAUAUGUCGAAGAUCUGGCCAAAAUCCCCAAGAGCGUCCUCCAAGAAGCAGAUGUCACCCUCAUAGUGAUUGGACAGUCGUCAUACCAUCAUAUUGAGCCUUUCUGCAAACUGACUGGAUAUUCUCAUGAAAUCUAUGUUGAUCCUGAGAGAGAAAUUUAUAAGAGAUUGGGAAUGAAAAGAGGUGAAGAAAUUUCCUCCUCUGGACAGAGCCCCCACAUAAAGUCCAACCUGCUCUCGGGAAGCCUUCAGAGCCUGUGGCGGGCAGUCACUGGCCCGCUUUUUGAUUUCCAAGGAGACCCAGCUCAGCAAGGAGGAACCCUCAUUUUAGGUCCAGGUAACAACAUCCACUUUGUGCACCGAGACAGGAAUAGGCUGGAUCACAAACCCAUAAACUCUGUCUUACAGCUUGUGGGGGUUCAACCGGUGAACUUCUUGAGCAGACCUGCAGUCAUCCACGUGUGACUUCACGUGGGACCUUCCACUUGUGAAUGGGCCCUUGAGACAUGAACCAAAAUGCCAGGCACCACGGCUGCACGGGGUUAUGAAACACAGAGCUUAUGUGCCUAGAGAACUACCUGCUGAGGGGCAUCAGCUGUCAGGAAUGGAAUAGACAGUUUAUAUUUUAUAGCUUCUAUAAUUUUAUACAAAAUAUACUAAAGAGUCAAAUGUUAUAAAACUAUUACUACCAUUGUUAAUAUCAUUUUAUGAAUAUCCAGUCUUUUGGCAACUACAAUAUAAGAAGGGAGUGCUGGGAAGAUCACUCAGUGGUUAAGAGUGCCUGCUUCUCUUGCAGAAGACCCAGGACCCAGGUUUGGUCCCCAAAACCCACAUGGUAACUCACAAUUGUCUGUCACUCCAAUUCCAUGGGAUCUAACACCUAUGGCCUCGGGCACCAGGUACACAUGUGGUACACAUGCAUACACGUAGACAACACUCAUACACAUAAAACAAUAAGUAAAUCUUCUAAGAAAUACAUAUGUGUGUGUGUGUGUAGGGGAGGGAAGUGAAGAAGGGGCUAGAUAUGAUGGCAUAGGCUUGUAAUCCUAGCCCUGAGAAAUGGAGACAGGGGUGCAGCCUGAGCUGCAUAGAGAGAGAGCCUCUCUGAGAAAAACGGUCAGUUAACGGAAGGAGGAAUGCAUAGAGAAAAUCAAAAGCAACUCAAGAAAAGUUGCAUACAUAAGUAUAACCACAUAUGAACAUGUACCUUUUUUUUUUUUUGAAUGCUUGGAGAAAAAAUGGUAAACACAGAACAGCACUGCCAAUAGGCCUGUGUGUGUCUGUGGUGAAAGUAUGGAUAUUUGUUUGCUUUCCAAGCUCUGUAUCUCACGAUCUUGGCUGAGUUGGGGGUGGGUCAGGAAAGAAUCUUUAAACAUUAAAGUGCAAAUGCCUGCCUAUGUUAAACUCCUUGCAGGUGCAGGUGAUUUCUUGCACAGAGGUUGCCUCCCAAGUGAGGAUUUGUUGAACCUCUUACGGACAACAGAAUGCCUGGUCAGCACACACCCACUACCUGUUACCCUAGGAUUGUUUUAGUGGAAUAAGUUUGGUUUGGGGGCCAUGCUGGGAAUAAAAACCAAAGUUUUUAUGCAUCUGAGCACAUUCUGUUAUCACUGAGCUACAUCCCCAUCCCUGAUCAUAUUUUAAAUAUCUAGGACAAAGGGCGCCUAGAAUGUAUAUAACUCUAGAUUCUUUUCCUAGCAGUGCUCGCACACGCACAUGCGCGCGCGCACACACACACACACACACACACACACACACACACACGCACAUGCACAAUGCUUUUUAAAAGGCAAUAUUAUGAUUUUUGGAAAAAAACCUUUGUAAUGAAAAUGCAUGCUAUGUGAUAGUAUGUUAGUCCACACUUAGGAUCUCAGUACAGGCAGAGGAGUCUGUGAGACUGGAGUAGAUACUGAGCUCCUGGCCAGUCUGGGUUAUGUAUGAUGAAAUUAUAUUUCAAAAAUAACAAAAAGAAGUGAGCAGCUAGAUAUGGUGAUGCGUGAGGAGGCAGAGGUAGGAGGGUCUCUGUGAGUUCCAAGACAGCCAGGGCUACAUAGAGACCCUGUCUCAAAAACGAAAGAUUUAAAGACAAAUGUGCACUGGGUUAGGUCAUACAUUUGUAGACAUCUGCUUUUUCUCACCCCCAAAUCUGUCUUAUUUGGAAAACUAUUUUCAUAUUUUACCUUUCAAGAAUCUUAGUUUUGUCCCAGAAAUUCCCAUGAAAUGUAUCAUAAGAUCAAACCACUGGUAAUCCUUAGUAACUGUAGUACUACUAGGGCCUUAUACUUUUAUAUAAAACAUAUUAAGUCACAAAACUGUUUCAAUGUAUUUUUACACGAGUAUAUACAGACAGUCAUGUUUUUAAAUCAAUAAAAAGUGAGUAUUUGCAGAACUUAAAAUUAAA